AGAGAUAACAAGAAUUACUUAAAGUUCGACUCUAACUACUCAUUUUCCUCACCCUGGUGCUUCUAUAGUGUGUCCAGAGUGAAUCUCUAGCGCACCUACCUAGUAUCUACAGUAAUAAUACCAAAAUGGCUCCUCAAGUAUUCAUGCUAAUCAAGUUGUUGUUCAACCCAGAUGUAUCGAAAAAGCUCAUCUUGCAAAUGGCUCUCAAGCAGAUGAGUGCCAUUGGCUAUGCCAAGGUCGCUGCCUUGCUCUUGUCGUUGUUGACCGUGGGAGUGUCUUCUGUUAUUAGGAUUCCCCAGAUCAGAAAGAUCCUCAACCCAAAGUUGUUGGAAAACAAGAUCAAGGUCGUCAACGGCUUGUCAUUGGAGACAUACUCUAUCGAGUCGUUCAACUACUUGGUCCACGUCGUGUUCAACUCUCAGAACAACAACCUGUUUUUGAAUUACGGUGAAAGCUUGUUACUCGGUUUACAGAAUGUGAUCAUUAUCUUAUUGAUUAAGUAUUACCGUGCUAUAGGCUCUGGUUCUAUUCCAGACUUACAGGACAAGACCUGGAAGGAAUCGGCUGAAAUUGUCGGCAGAGAAUUGGCAGAGCCUGUCGGCUGGAUUUUGGGAACUCUGCUUUUCUUGACGAAGUUGGCACCAACCAGCUUGAUCACUUUAUUGCAGAUCUUGAACAUUCCCAUUUCCAUCAUUUCCAAGUUGCCGCAAAUCAGACAGAACAGCAUCUUGAAGACGACAACACACUUGUCCAGUAUCACUCUCCACGCCAAUGUAGCCGGUUCGUUGAUUAGAGUCUACACCACCAUCCAGGACUUGAGUGCCAAGUCUAAGAGAAGCAAGGUAACUUCUGGCGACUGGGUGUUGUUGGGAGGCUACUUGACCUCGCUUACUUUGAACUCGGUUUUGGUUGGCCAGCAGUAUUUCUACGAUGGCAACCAGCUCAACAAGAAGGAAGAAGAAGAAGAAGAGCCUAAGAAACUGGUCUGAUUGUCAUUAAGUUGAAUAAUCUAGUAUGUUGGUGCGACUAUUUAGACUCUACUAUUGAUAUUUAUAAUGUAAGUAUAUCUUUAUGG